CUGGCGGCUCGGAUUAGAGCGAGACAUUCCAAGCGCUUACAUCUCACUGUACUACGAAGUCGAAUCAGUACUAUGUACCAAAGAACCGCAACGCGCGAGCGCACAGCUGGCUGCGUCUCGGCAUGAUGGUCCGAGACAUCCGACGAAAGUUCACGAAGGGCCCGUCGGCCAAGAAAAGCGGGAUUGGUCGGCUGUGGACAUCUGCCGGCGGGGGACUACUCAAAGCUCGUGAAGAUCAAUCGCGACGUGCCGGAUGCGGGGUGGCCAGUUGCCGGAGACCAGUACAUAUGCGGGGCCGCCUCAGGGCGCGCGGUCGUCACCGUUCACCUCGUUCGCGGCACCACGCUGAGCGAUGUUGCUCUGCUAGACUAUCUACUCGUCUGAUUAUCCUCUCUUGCCGUCUAGAUCGUGGCUCAGCUAGUAUUAGUGCAUCCCCCCGCGCACGGAAUACCCCACUCUAACUCCCCGUCCGUAUACCGACGCAAUCCCGACUUCCCCUCCAAGUCCGCCCAUAAGACCCUGCGAUCGGCCGCUGCAGACAGUCGACGCACUUUCUGCUAGCUGCCCAAUACCCUCCACACGCCGAAGGACGGAACGCUUUAUGUUCUCUCAGUCCACGCGCCGUACGGCUUCCGCUCGGUCUCGAUUGCUUUUGUCUCAUAGACCCACAAUGUCAAAACCACGCGCCCUCACCACCUCCGCGCCUCGCAAGUCCGAUGUCCCCCCAGGCUACGUCGCCGACCCCAGCCGCGGCCCCAUGCUCCGCUACGAAGCCUCCCUCCCCCGUCUGCCCGUCCCCUCCCUCUCUUCCACCGCCGCGAAGUACCUCGAGACGGUGCAGCCGCACGUGACCCCAGCGCAGUUCGCCAAGACGCAGGCGGCGGUGCGCAAGUUCGUCGAGUCCGAGCAAGGGCGGGUGCUGCAGGAGCGCCUGCAGGCGCGCGCGGCGCAGCCGGGCACCGCGAACUGGCUCGCGGACUGGUGGAACGAGACGGCGUACAUGGGCUACCGCGACCCGGUCGUGGUGUUCGUGAGCUACUUUUACGUCCAUUUGGACGACAAGGCGCGGCCUGGGCAGGCGAAGCGGGCGGCGCAGCUGCUGAAGGCGAUCUUGCCGUUCAGGGAUCUGGUUGAGAGUGAACAGCUCGAGCCGGAGAAGGUCCGCGGCGCGCCUUUGGCGAUGAAGUCGUAUGAGUGGCUCUUCCACUCGUCUCGCUACCCUGUGAAGCCUGUGGAUACCGCCAAGAAGUUCGAUCCCAAGACUCACAACCACGUCGUCUUCGUUCGCAAGAACAAGUUCUACAAGGUGCAGCUGGCGGACAAAUCCGGCCGCGAACUGUCCGCCCCGGAGCUAGAGGCGCAGAUCGAGAAGGUCAUCGCGCUCGCGGGUAACGAGAAGGCGCCGCCUGUUGGUGCGCUCACAUCAGAAAAUCGUGACAAUUGGGCAGACGCCCGCGCAGCCCUCCUUGCUGCCUCGCCAUCAAAUGCAGCCGCGCUGGAGGACAUUGAGUCUGCGAUAUUGGUCGUGGCUCUUGACGACACCAAGCCCGUCACUCGUGAACAGGCUAGCUGGGCAUGCUGGGUUGGCGAUGGCAGGAACCGUUUCUACGACAAGCAUCAGCUGAUCGUUUUCGAGAACGGCAAGUCCGGGUUCCUCGGCGAGCACUCUUGCAUGGACGGCACGCCUACCCUCCGCCUCAACGAGUUCAUCCUCGCCUCCCUCGCCGCGGGCAAGAUCGACCUCAACGGCGCCGGGACAAACGCGGAGCUUGAGCCCCCGCAAGAGCUCCAGUUCACGCUCGACGGCAAGACGCGCGAGUACAUCGCGCAGGCGGAGGAGAACUUCGACGCGCUCGUCGCCAAGCACGACCUCGAAGUCCUCCACUACGAGGGCUACGGCAAGGAGUACAUCAAGGCGUUCAAGGCGUCGCCCGACGCGUGGGCGCAGCUGGUCAAGCAGCUCGCGUUCCACAAAAUGUUCAACCGCCCGGGCGUGUGCUACGAGAGCGCGCAGACGCGCAAGUACCAGUUCGGCCGGACGGAGGUCAUCCGCUCAGCGAGCAACGAGAGCAAGGCGUGGGCGGAGGCGAUGCUCGACCCGACCCAGACCGACGAGCACCGUGCCGCGCUCUUCCGCAAGGCGAUCUCCCGCCACCUGCAAUACGCUGCGUGGGCCGCCGAUGGCCAGGGCGUCGAUCGGCAUCUGUUUGGCCUGAAGAAGUCGCUCAAGGAGGGCGAGCCCGUCCCCGAUAUCUACACAGACGAGGCAUUCAGCAAGACGAGCCAUUGGGAGCUCUCGACCUCGCAGCUUUCGUCGCCCUACCUCGACGGAUGGGGCUACGGCGAGGUCGUCCCCGACGGCUACGGCCUCUCGUAUUCGAUCGGCGACUACUACAUACGCUGGACGAUCACGAGCCUGAAGCGCAACACCGCCGAGCUCAAGCACUAUCUCGCGGAGGCCGCUACGGAGACACGGGCAAUGAUGGAGCGUGCGGCAAAGGCGGCCAAGAAGGCGGAAGGGGAAAAGGCGAAGUUGUAAUGUCUUGCUCCUAGUCAGGGAUCUGUGAUCCCUGCUGUAGGGGAUGGUUCCUUACGGGGGACACCUGGCUUGGCAUAGAGGGUUUUAUAUAUCAUACGUUUCCUCAAUUUAUCGACCUGGAAACAAACAAUAUACAAGCAUCGGCAACACCUAUAGUCUAGAAAGUUCAGCCGGACUGCCUACUGACGAGGCCGUGGCUUCCCCGCCAUCAAAGACAGGAUGCCGUGGCGGAGUUCCCGCACGGCGCAAUGCGUCGAGGUUCUUGUACCACCACUGUAUCGCGUAGUCUUUCUCCGUGUCCCCAAUGUCUUGCGAGAUCGCCUUGAACAAUACCUCUACAAGCUCUUCCCGCAUCUCUUCCGAACGACGAUCCACUUCGCGCUCAUUCGACGACAGGGGUACGGAAAGUAUGGUCGCCUUGACCUCAGUUAAGAGUCUCGGCAGGAGUUUGAGCGACACUGAAGGUACGGUCGCAACGAGCGCCAGGUGCAGGCGAUGCAGGUGUUCGGAAGAUGUUUGGGUCGAUUCGGACGCGGCGAAAACAGAGGACGACGCCUCUGCUUUGGGUGCGGUGGAGUACGGCAAAGUGGCCUUGACGGGGGCGGCGCCGACGUGGCGAAUGGCGUCCAGAAGCACCUCGAUGCAGAACCAGGCCAUAGCGUCGGCUUGGGCUGGCCCUGCAUCGCGCACGUCGUCAGGCACGGAGUCCGCGUACCCGAAAGAGCUCGCGCUGCGGACGAGCGCAGCGUAGGCCAUGCAGAGCUGCAGCGUGCUCAGGCGACCGUCCGACGAGUUCUCGAUGAGACAUUGCGCAUACAUCGGCACGAUCUUCUCGGCGAACGUCGACCCAGCUGCUGCAGGCUCUCGUGCCUUCUCAGUAUCGUUCCUUCGUGCGUGGGAAGCGAAGAUAGCAAGCAUGACCGAGUGCGCUGACUCGUACGUUUCUCGAUGACUGGGGUCCCAGAGAUGCGGAAGGCACAAGGGGUACACUCGUGACUGGAUGGUACCCUCCGAAAGGACAUGCAUAAGUUGUUCUGCACAUGCGAGAGCAAAUGCCGUCUUCGCGUUCAGUACGUUUCGGGGAAGGAUGUCUACUCCUUUACCCUUGCCGGUCACACCGCCAUUCUGGCAUAACUCCUCCACAAAGCGCUUCGCCUCGGACUCGCUUGCGGAGAGCACAUCCAGCGCCAUGUAGAACGCGCGCUUGAGCUCCGGCAGCCCGCCCUCAGAGGUGGACGCGACGCCACCAAACUGAGGCAUGACGAAUGACAAGUGCGAGAGCGUAUGCAGGACGCCUAGAGCAGCGCUGUGGGGUGAGGGAACGCCGGAUGGCGAGGUAUAUGCGCCGUCCUCGUUUGGGCUGGGGACGAAGACCACAGCUGACAAGAUAGACUGAGAGAGCAUGAGCGUUGUGAAAAGGAGGGUCUUCAGGAUAGACCAAGUAGCCGUGGCUAUUCCUCGUGAACCCUCAUCCACAAAGCCAGCAUCAUCCUUAACCCCGGCUAGAGGGCACCUUGUCCAGUCGUUCUCAACGAUGUCCGUGAGGGACUGUAGGCGGUCGAGCGUGCGACCUAUAGCCUCCCAUCCAUGCACGCGCCUCGACUCUACAAAAGUAGUGAGGGAGAGCGCCGUGAACCUGGCGAGGGAAGCCAUCGAGCUGAUGUAUGUCGAGCUCGCGAUUGUCUGGAUAGUCUGAGCGAAGGUACUACCUGCGUGCACGGAGAGCUUGCCCUCUGCAUCGACACUGACCGAUGAGAGCGCAGGAGCAAGGAACACACCGCCAUGAAAGGCACGAUCGAUAGCAGUGGUCAGGACGUCUACGAUAGCCGGCAGUGGGAGGGCCUGUAACCUCUGGGGGUCGAUCAGCGGCGCGCACUGGGACGCAAGCAGAACAGCAAUAAGAAGUGUGUCCUCUGCUUCGUCCCCGGCUUCCAGCGUUCUCUUGAAAUCCUUCUCCCACCCGCUCCCUACCCCAGUAUACCCGUCGACCACCUCCGCGAGCGCGAUAACAACCUGCUCCUCGACCUUAGCCCUCGCUCUCGCCCCCUUCUUCUUGAGCCCCAGCUCCGCCUCCCAGUCCUCCAGACCCAGCAUCAGCCCAGCAGCGCACGCAAGCCGCACCACCGCGACGCUCCCUCUGAAUCCCUCGAGCACCGCCCCCAACCACUUCGCCGUUCGCCCAGCCACGUCCACACCCCUGGCGAGCAGCCCGCCUGGGUGCUUCUCCGCCUCCUCCUUGUGCACGGCGAGGCGGAGGUGGACGGCAUGCCGGAACGCGACCGAAAGCGCGCUGAGCUUCUGGUACGUGUACGGGCGGAAAUGUGGGCUGGCGAGCGUCGUCGCCGCAAGAGGCGUAGGAGUGCCGGGGACGGGGACGGGAGGACGCGCGAGGUAGUGCGCGAUCGACGCUUGGAGCGUCUCCAGAGGUAGAGUGGAGGUUGCGCGGGUGAGGUGACGGAUGAGGUUGAUGUAGCCGCGGUCCGACAUGGUCGAUGGAGAGUUUAUUAGCCCUUAGGCUCACCUUUCGAGGACGUGUCUGUCAAGUUAUUACGAUGGU